AACGACGAAGGGGUGACGAUGAUGAUUGUUCAGUGGCACUUGUUGAUGGAUGUUAGAGAUGUAUAAGAUUUAAUAUAACCUUCUCCUAACAAUUCGAAUUAUUGGGACCAACUGAUUUAUGACAUGGUAUCAGAGCUGGUUUGGCCAAGUGGUGAUGUGUAUAUUCUAUCAACAACUCGAAUUAUUGAGACCAACUGGUUUAUGAUAGUAGAAGAAGAAGCAAGAACUCUCCCCUAAAGCCUACUUCUCGUAUUAGAGCUGGGUUUUUUUUAGUUGAGCAUAAAAUAUCCAAUCGAAUCACCAGUACAAUACGAUAUCUUCAUCACCGUUGAUAACCUUAUCUAAUCGGCUGCUGCCGAUUUGGCUUGUGCAGGUACCGGGCCGUGACGAGCGCAUACUACAGGGGAGCGCUGGGAGCGAUGCUGGUGUACGACAUCACGAAGCGGCCGACGUUCGACCACGUGGCGAGGUGGGUGGAGGAGCUCCGUGCGCACGCCGACAGCUCCAUCGUCAUCAUGCUGAUCGGCAACAAGGCCGACCUUGCCGCCGACCACCGCGCCGUCACGACGGAGGACGCCGUCGAGUUCGCCGAGGAGCAGGGGCUCUUCUUCUCCGAGGCCUCCGCAUUGAGCGGGGACAACGUGGACAAGGCCUUCUUCCGGGUGCUGGAGCACAUCUACGCCGCCGUGUCGAAGAAGUCCCUGGAUUCCUCCGCCGAUCCGGCCAAGGCCAACGGCGGGGCGCUGCAGGGGGAUAAGAUCGACGUGAUUUCGGGAGCGGAUAUGGAGAUCAGUGAGCUGAAGAAGUUGUCUUCCUGCUCUUCUUGUUGAUGAUCUUUUUCUGUCAAGGAGUUGGUUUUUGGCCAUUUGCCAUGGUCAAAUUGUAAUCAAUGUUCCACAUCUGUGAUGUUUUUUUUUUGUUUUUUUAUUUGGAAUGUAUAUAAACCCUGUCCUGGACUUUUGGAAAUUGCAAAUUAUCCCUUAAUUAAUUAUAGGAAUUAAAAUUCCCAAAACUAAUCUCUCGAUUUCUUCCCUCCACAUAUAUAUGAACUAGGGGUGAUAAAUGGUUAUACAAUUAACGGUUUAACCUCGAAUUGCACCGCUAACCAAUCACACACCUCUAAUGAUUCCUGAAUUUUUUCAAAACUCCCAAAAUACCUCUUUGAUUAAAAGAAAGAUCUAGAAUUUUU